GGCUUGAAAAGAGAAAAUCCUUAAUCAAACCGUGCGAGGAUCUAAAAACCGUGUAUAUAUUUAAAAUUUUGAAUUGGAUCUGAAACCGAAUCAAACCGAUAUACGGAGAACCGAAAUUCUGAUUAAAGAUACUUUUAGACCAGAGGAACACAAGUCCGGAGCUUGUUCUGUUCGACUUUUGUUUUACUUCCCUCGAUCUGAUUUUAUCGAUUACGAUAUUUCAUCUAUCAUCUGUAAAAAAUAUGAAGCAUAUAGUGAAGAUAUUGAGCCUCUUGGUGGCAAUCUCUGCCUUCUGGAUUGGUCUUUUGCAGGCUGCUAUCGUUCCUCGAACCCACACAUGGUUGCUACCGAUCUACUUUGUAGUGUCUCUCGGAUGCUAUGGUCUAUUAAUGGUUGGUAUCGGCCUAAUGCAGUUUCCUACCUGUCCCCAAGAAGCAGUUCUUUUGCAGCAGGAUAUUGCAGAGGCCAAGGACUUCUUCAAGCACAAAGGGGUCGAUGUCGGGUCAGACUGAUACAAUGACGAAGCACUAGAAUAGUUAAACUUUUUAUGGCAAGAGAUCUUACAUGUGUCUGUUUGAAUAGUUUAAUCAAACAGUGUUUUCUGACUUUACUUGAGGUAAUGUUGGCAAACCCCAUUACGCAAAAGGCAACGGCUAACAAUAAUUUGUCUUUUUCUUC